GGUGCACAUUAUGCCACUGUACAAUGUAACACCCACUUUUCACUAUUUAUGUUAUGAAUCCCAUGUAAUAAAGGGUGAGCCUAUUGCCAUAUACCGGGCACAAUUCCAGACUCCGUGCUACUACUGAGAAUUUUAAAAAAAACCUAGUAAUGCUUUGCUCGAACCGGGAAUCGAACCCGAGACCCCUUGCCCGGCAGUCACACUUGCGACCACUCGGCCAACGAGGCAGUCAAUAACGUCAAUAAAUGUUUCUUCACAAACUAGCACAAAAAUACGUAAAGAUUCGCCAACCCUGGUAAAUACGUUUUAGACAGUCGGCCAUCAAUACAGAUAAGAUAGGCGCAGUACAAAAGAGCUCUCAAUUUAUCAAUACAUCUCAAUGUCUGAUAGACGCUGGAAGAAAAAUGAAUUUCGAUAGUAUUGUCUUCAUUGUAACCCUUUUUGUUAUCCUUCCGAAUGAAGCCAAGGUUCUGAAAAAAACAUCAAAUACAUGCGAAGACAUUUUAGGCGAUGAUUUGAUUGAAGAGAUAUGGUCUUACAAAAAUGUUAAGGAUGAUAUACUGAAAUAUGUUUUGGACGGUGAUUUUAAAGGCAAAACUUAUGAUGAAUUGGCGAAAUUUGUUGAUAAGUUUGGAGCUCGACCUUCAGGAACUGAUGUUCUUGAAAAAUCUAUUGAUUACAUGAUCGAUUUGACAAAGAAAGAAGGCUUAAAUGAUGUCAUCACCGAAGAAGUUAAGGUACCUCUUUGGGAAAGAGGUGAAGAGAAAAUAACUAUGCUUGAACCAAGAGAAAAGGACAUUGCUCUAUUAGGUCUCGGUAAAAGUGCCACUACACCACUAGAAGGGCUCACGGGUGAAGUUGUCGUAGUACGUAACUUUGAGGAGUUAGAAAGUAUCUCUGAAGACAAAAUCAAAGGUAAAAUUGUGCUAUAUGUUCCUGUCUUUACGGCUUACGGAGAAACUGUAACAUAUAGGUCUCAAGGAGCAUCUAAGGCAUCAGCAAAAGGAGCUAUUGCAAGUUUGGUGAGGUCGAUCACUCCCUACUCAUUGUAUACUCCUCACACUGGUUCUCAAACUUACGCAGAUGGUGUGAUUCCCAUACCAACAGCAGCAAUCACCUUAGAAGACGCUGAUUUAAUUACGAGAAUGUAUGACAAAGGUGAAAAAGUUGUUCUAAAUAUAAAAAUGAGUUCAAAACUAGACGAAAAUAAGACUUCAAGAAAUACGCUAAUUGAUUGGAAAGGAUCACAAUACCCUGAAAAGUUAGUAAUCGUGUCAGGGCAUAUUGAUAGUUGGGAUGUAGGUCAAGGAGCUAUGGAUGACGGUGGUGGUAUGUUCGUCAGUUGGGCUGCACCCGUGAUUUUAAAGAGACUGAACUUGACACCAAAACGAACAGUAAGAGCUAUUUUUUGGACAGCAGAAGAACUAGGUCUGAUAGGCGCCUACGCUUAUGAGAAAGCACAUAGAAAUGAAAGUGACAACAUUAAUUUUAUAAUGGAGUCUGAUGAAGGAACGUUUGCUCCUCUUGGUUUAGCUGUAGGUGGCACUCAAAAAACUCGAUGCAUCAUUGCCGAAAUUUUGAAAUUAUUCAAAUCAAUAAAUGCUUCAACUCUUGUAGAAGAAAACAGUCCUGGCUCUGAUAUUGCAAUAUUUACUGGUAAUGGUAUACCGGGAGCUAGUCUUCAUAAUGACAAUGGAAAAUAUUUUUGGUUCCAUCAUACUGAAGCUGACACUAUGAACGUUGAGAACCCAGACGAACUUGAUCUUGGAGCGGCUUUCUGGACAGCAGUAGCUUAUAUCAUCGCAGACCUUUCUAUUGAUAUUCCUCGAUAAAUCAUUUGGGAAGUACGUUGAAGAUCUAU